AUGGCCGUUAGAGAGGCCAAGUAUUCAGUCUCUGCUCCGAGGCCCACCACACGGUUGCUGGACCAUCACAACCACGACGACGACGGCGGGACCGACGCUGUUUUCAGCUUGUCUUCCAACUCCGGCUCCGGGGAGUUUUUUCCCCUGAUGAAAACUGCAGCUUUUGGAAGAAUGAAAACCAUCGAUGAGUUGGGCGGCCGGCUUUCGUUGUCUUCAGCCUGUUCGUUCGACGCCGUUGUAAGCCAAUGCAGCCGCCGGAAAAGUAGUUCGUCGAGGGAAGGCAAGAAAUAUAGCGAACUGGGCUCCGACUGUAUUCCGGCAGAAGUUUACUACGGUGAAUCUGUGACGGCUAAGAGCCGCCGGAAAACCAGGAGAAAGAGGAGGAGCUGGAUGGUAGAAGGGAGCUACGCGGUGAAGAAGAGGUCGAGUGAUCCAUAUGGUGAUUUCAGGGCGUCAAUGGUGGAGAUGAUAAUGGAGAAACAGAUGGUGGGAGCGCAGGAAUUGGAGAGGCUGCUGAUAUGUUUCUUGUGUCUGAAUGAAGUUUGUUAUCAUGGGAUGAUUGUUGAUGUUUUUUCUGAGAUCUGUCAAACGUUGUUCAGUAAUUGAAAUGGUUUUGAGGUUUCCAUCAAUUCUUUUACAACUCUCCUUUGCUUCUUUCUUAAUUUCUUGUAAUGGUUUUCCAGAUGGAUCAACAUUGGAAUAGAGUAGUUCCAAUACUUCAAACACGGUCUGUCUUAAGUCAUGAGGUGAACUACGAAAUCAAAAAGCCCAUUUCA